CGGGGGGCGUUUCCAUCCGUCGUCCCCACUCCAGCGCAGCAACCCCCCGUGCCGUGCCCGUGCGUGCUCAAUCUCCAUGGAGCCCCCGCCCCCGGACCCCGCCUCGCCGCCGGCGACCGGCCCCGCCGCCGAAGCCCCGGGGGACGGGGCGGCGGAGGGCGACGAGGCGGGCGGGCCCGGGUUCAGCGCGGAGCUCGAGCCCCUCUGGUCGCAACUCUUCGGCGACCCCGCGGAUGAGCUGGAGCCCAUGUGGUCGCCGCCGAGGGAGUUCGGCGUCGUCGGCGCGGGCUUCGCAGCCGCCCCGGAGGAGGUGGAGGCCGAGGACGGCGACGGCGACGCCGAGGGGCCCUGGGACGGCGCGCCGUGGAGGUCCACCGGGCUCGUCGCCGGCGAGGGCGGUGUGCCCCCACCCGCGGCGGCACCAUCCGGGUUCCCGGAGUUCGUGGCCGAUCCCACUGAGGCAGCUUCAUCGGGACCGGCGCUAGAGGUGAGACCGCUCGAUUCCGAUUCUGCUCCACCGGUGCCACCGUGCCCCCCAGCUCCGGUGGCUUUAGAGGUGCGUGCGCCUGAGCUGAUCCCCGGCUGCGAGCCUGCGCUACCACCACCAGCGGCUUCUUCUGAAGCCAAACUAGAGGAGUGCACCAUCAACUCGGUGCCAUCACCGCCGGCCCCGCCUUCUCCUGAUGGUCCUGAACUGGGGGCAGAGGAUGGGUACCCCUCGCAGAAAAUCACCUCGGAAACCAUGGUGGUUAUUGGUUUGACUGCGGUGGAACGUCCCGAGAUCAAUGCAGCUAGCUGCAGUAUGCCGGAUGCCCUUGCCAGAGAUGGUGCAUCUCUCCGGAGGUCCCCUAGGAUUGUGGCAAUCAAGGCCAAAGCAAAUGUUGCAUCUUUGGAAGAGAAAAUAGACUCACCUCGAGCUUCCAAGCUCUGCUUAGCGGUUUCUGGGCAGAGCAGCAUCAGUGAUGGGAGCCGGCACUCUUUAUCCGCAACCUCACCUGAGGAGACCACGGUUACUCCAAUAAAGCCAGUUGACUUGCUCGACGGGGUGAAGCCGCAAGGAUCACGAGACAUUGUUGCAAUGCAGAGCUCCUCUACCGAUGUUGUGGUGGCUUUACCAGUGGUGAGUAAAAAGAGCUCCAAGAACAAAGCAGUGCCUGUGUCUUCUCCAAGGAAGACUAGAUCAGCCUCAAAGGUACUAGUGAAUUCCAACAGGGUAUCAGCUGUUUCUCCAGUGAUUAAUUGUGGGCCUACUAUGCAUAAAGCAGGUUCCGAUACACCUCCUAGGAAGCACAAGCUUGCUUCUGAGCCCAGUUUGGAGAGAGUGGAUGCUGUGUUACACAACUCUGGGUUAGUGAGUGCUAACAAAGUGGUCAAUGAGAUGCCCCUAGAGCUACAGGCAGCAGCAUCUCAACCUCCAAAGGCAAAGCGGGCCAGGGUAUCCCCAGGGAAAUGCUCAUUGAACUUGAGGAGGGCAAAGGAUGAUAGUAGCUCAAUCAGCGAAUUGCCAAUGGCCAAAGUGACCUCAGAUCCUGAGAAUAAGCCUAAACUUAUAUUGGAUAAGUAUUCUACUGAUUCUGAAAUGGUGGAUGGCGAGGAUGGUUCCUGUUUCUUUAUGGGUGAGGCAGUGCCUCACGAGGAGGCUAGGCACAGGUGGCCUAACCGCUACGGGAGCAAUCAUUGCCUUCUGAAGAAGGAUAAGUGGAGAAAUACCCAAACGUUUUCCAAUGCUGGCAAAGCUGUCUUCGAUGUCAAAUGUCACUAUUUGCGAGCUAGUGUAUGUGGAUCUACUUUAUGUAUUGGGGAUUGUGCAUUUAUUAAGGGUCCGGAAGGAAAACCACAUUAUAUUGGCAGGUUAUUAGAGUUCUUCGAAACGAGUGCAGGUCAAUAUUACUUCAGUGUGCAGUGGUUUUUCAGAGCUGAAGACACGGUCAUGGAAGACCAAGCACAGGCUCAUGACCCAAGGAGGCUCUUUUACUCAGACCUGAAGGACGACAAUUUACUAGACUGCAUUGUUUCUAAAGUGACCAUCGUGCAAGUUUCUCCUAGUGUAAAUGAAAAGUCUCAAUCAAUUCCUUCUUUCCACUACUACUAUGACAUGAAGUAUUCUCUGGACUAUAGUACAUUCUCUAACAUGGAAAUGGGAGAUGCAAAUGAAACAUUACAGUCACAUCACACUAGUGGCAACGACAAUGUGAAAAGGAUUGAUUCCACUGAAAAGCAGAAAUCUCCCGCACCAGAGAUGAGGGAGCUCUCCCUGUUAGAUCUGUACUGUGGCUGUGGGGGAAUGUCAACUGGACUUUGUCUUGGGGCUCGUGGUGGUGGUGUGAAUCUUAUAGCGAGAUGGGCUGUUGAUGGCGAUGAAGUGGCAUGCGAAAGCUUCAGGCUGAAUCAUCCAGAAACUCGGGUCCGGAAUGAAACCACCGAUGACUUCCUUGAGUUGUUGAGGGAAUGGGAAAAACUAUGCAAAACCUAUGUGAAGCAACGCAGUAAAGUGAAGUCCCGUUCUAACAUUUCAGUACAAUCCAGUGAUGAAACUCCAGAUUGUUCUACAAUCCCUCCUGAAGAAUUUGAAGUAUGGAAGCUAGUUGACAUUUGUUUCGGUGAUCCAAAUGGUGUCGGAAAGCAUGGCUUAUACUUUAAGGUCCGUUGGAAAGGUUAUGGCCCUAAUGAUGACACAUGGGAGCCAAUUGAAGGAUUAAAGAACUGUAAAGAUGCAAUUAGGGAUUUUGUAAUUGAAGGACAUAAGGGAAAAAUAUUACCUAUUCCUGGUGAUGUGGAUGUCAUAUGUGGGGGGCCACCAUGCCAAGGCAUUAGCGGCUACAACCGCAAUAGAGAAUUUGAUGCACCAUUCAACUGUGAGAGAAACAAGCAAAUUAUUGUCUUCAUGGAUGUAAUGCAAUUUUUGAAGCCCAAAUACAUUUAUAUGGAAAAUGUUCUUGAUAUAUUGAAGUUUGCUGAUGCAACACUUGCAAGAUAUGCUCUAAGCCGGCUAGUUGCUAUGAAUUAUCAAGCAAAACUAGGAAUCAUGGCUGCUGGAUGUUAUGGCCUCCCACAAUUUCGAAUGCGUGUAUUUUUGUUGGGCUGUCAUCCUAAGGAGAAUUUACCCCCAUUUCCUCUGCCUACUCAUGAGGCAAUUGUGAAGAAUGGUUGCCCAUUGGCUUUCGAGCGUAAUUUGGUUGGGUGGCCCGACGGCAUGCCAAUGCAACUAGAAAAACCAAUUGUUCUUGAAGAUGCUUUAUCUGAUCUUCCGGAAGUGGCGAAUGGAGAAAAGCGUGAAGAAAUGCUAUAUGUAAAGGGACCUCAGACGGAAUUCCAAAGAUACAUUCGGUCAUUUAAUUCUGAAGUGAUUGGAUCCAGAGCUCAUGUCACAAAAGAUUCCAAGUCAAAAUUGUAUGACCAUCGACCAAGGGCACUAGAUAAUGAUAACUACUUAAGAGUAUUGCAGAUUCCCAAGAAAAAGGGAGCUAAUUUUCGAGACCUUCCGGGAGUCAUAGUAGGUCCUGACAAUGUAGCUAGAUUAGAUCCAACUAAGGAGAGAAUACUUUUGCCAUCUGGUAAUCCUCUGGUGAUUGAUUGUGUGCUAAAUUACGAGCAUGGUAAAUCCUUAAGACCAUACGGUAGACUAUGGUGGGAUGAGGUAGUGGGAACCGUGCUGACAUGUCCAAAUGCUCGAAUGCAGGCCUUAAUACAUCCUGCACAAGACAGACUACUAACUAUUCGCGAAAGCGCUCGUUUGCAAGGUUUUCCCGACAGCUUCAGGUUUCGUGGAACAGUCAAAGACAGGUAUCGCCAGAUUGGAAAUGCAGUGGCAGUACCUGUCGGCCGUGCACUUGGGUAUGCCCUGGCCAUGGCCAUUCUGAACAAGACUGGAGAUGAGCCUCUAAUGGAGUUGCCACCCAAGUUUGCAUUCUCUCAUGAUGUACAAGGUCUUUCAAGUCCAAACGGUCUUCAGAGUGGCAACAUCUAAUUUUGACUUGACUUAGCACCCCCCCCCCCCCCCCCCCCCCCCCCCUUCAUGCGUUAGUCUGAUUGAAUUGUUCGUCAUGUCCGGUCAUGCUCGUGAAUAUCAAUAGGACAGGACAUUUGCUCAUUUAUCUGUGGGAGUUGGAUGGAAGGAAUCUGGGUUCCCCAAUCAGAUGGUUUCUCCUGUCUGUUGUUCACAGUCUCAUUCAUUUGAUUGUCAUGUUGUAAGUCGUAUCAUUCGGGAGGUGAAGCAGUGCAGAAUAAAGGUUCCCCUUCAUAGUCUUGUUGUGCAGAAGAUUGUACAUAUAAAGCUAGGUAUAUCAGGGGAACAAAAUGUUGUACAUGAUCUGGUUUGUUGCGUUAAGGCAGUGAGUGAACAUGGAUAUAGUAGCUUCGAUAAAUCAGUUUUUAGUUGUAGAGCUAUAGUGUAAUAAAUUUGUUCAAUUGAUUCAGAGUCGCAGAAUUGUACUGUCA